CUUCACCUGUAAAAUACCAAUCUUCCUUCAUUUAACAUGCUCCACCUCCUCCUACCCAUCGCCACCACCUCCUCCUCCUCCUCCUCCGCCAGCAUGCCCCCGUCAAAACCCAUCUCCCCAUCUGCCACCGCCACCAACACCCUUUCCGCCGCUAAGUCAUCCAAUCACCACAGUCAGAGUUCCCACCUCUUCUGCAAGCACUCCCCGUCAGCCACCCUGGACCUUCUGAUCCUCAUCCUUGUCCUCUUCUCCGGCACCUUCCUUCUCUCCUCUUACUUCUCCUACCUCUUUCAUUCCCUCUCUCUCCUCCUCUCCCCACUCCUGUCCACAAAUCCCUCACUUUCCUUCCCUUUUGUCUCCUACAUUCUGGGUUGCACUUUUUUCUUUGUUAUUACCCUCAUUUCCAUCGAGCUCUGCUGUGGCUCUCGCUCCAGGAAAUGUGAUAAUCCUGGCUGUAAAGGAUUGAAGAAGGCUUUGGAGUUCGAUUUGCAGCUUCAGACCGAGGACUGCGUCAAAAAUGGAUCCAAAGAGAUUGAUAAGUUACCCUGGAAAGGCGGCAGCGAGGGGAACCCUGAUUAUGAGUGCUUGAGGGCUGAGUUGAGAAAGAUGGCGCCGCCUAAUGGGAGAGCCGUUUUGCUCUUCCGGGCCCGGUGCGGAUGCCCAAUCUCCAAGCUCGAAGGCUGGGGUCCUAAGCGUGGCAGGCGCCAUAAAAAGAGUUUAGCUAAUGGGACUCAAAAUGGAGGAGAUCAUCGCUGAUGAUUCAUGGCGGUUCUGUGACCUUGUCCUCAUUAUAUAUUCUACCCUGAUACCAUAUAUUCAAUGCUUUUAAGGACUGUUGAUUAGGAGGAAUUUUUAGUUCUAUGUUCCAAUGGCACUUUCUCCUUCAACCUAUCCAUACCAAACAUUCUCUAUACACAUUGUCUCCUUUUUGAAAGGAUAUACAAAAUUUAGUUAAAAUAAUAAAGAUUUAUGGAUUAU